AUGGCGGCUUCAAAUAUUCAUUCCGACCAUCGUUCGUUGAAAAGGCGCAAACUUGACCAUAGAAAUGAAGAUGGUCACGCCAACUCAUUUGUGAAUGGACACGAACAUACUCGAACAAGAAAGCAAUUAUCUGAGUCUCACAACAAGGCUAAGACAGCCAGCGACCAAUCUCGAAAGUCGACUUCAUUACCUACCGGAGGAAUCAACAAGUCCUCGGUGCUUGCGUUGCAGGUUCAUGAACUUGGGACGGAGCUCAAACCAAAUUACGAGAAACUCCGUACCAAAUGGAUCGAUGUGGCCAACAGGCUCGAAUCAAUCGUCAAGCAAAUGUCACCAAAGCCUGCCAUGACUGCAGCCGACGUUCUCAAAUCUUUCCGCAAGAAGGGCGUCAACAUACCUUUUUCUAAACCUUCUCCCACCAAGGAAACCAACUACAAGUUCGAAUUCAUUCCGCCAAGUCAGGUAUUCCUUCAAGGUGCCAUGUCGAACCAACUCAGUAUUAGGGACGACAGAACCAUAGAAGUGAAGGUUAUCCUGCCAGAUGCAACUCUCCAAGAGAAAGACUAUCUGAACAAUCGAGCUUUCCAUAAAGGAGCUUUCUAUAUUGCAUCUAUUGCGUUGGAGAUCAAAGAAAAAGCCAACUCAGAAUUCAACUUGUCCUUCUCCUAUGCGGAUGAUGUUGAUCUGCUACCAAUUCUCAACUUGACUCCAAAGCAGUUAUCCAUAUCAAAAUUCAAGUUUCAGGUCUCAUUUGGACUUCCUAGCAAGUCAAUACCUUUGGACAAGACCCUGCCAACCAAGAAUUGUUUGCGCCAUUUACCCAAUUAUGAGGAUGCUGGCCAUCAACAAGCCACUCCAUUCUACAACAGCUGUCUACGAUCAGUCGCUUCAGUCAUGGAACAUACCAGCACACUGGAGUCAGCCAGAAGUCCGGCUUUUGACGACGCAUGUCGCCUCGGUCAGACAUGGUUACGUCAGCGCGGCUUCUCGAGUUCUAUCACCAAUGGAGGCUUUGGAUAUCCAGAAUGGACCCAGAUGUGUGCAAUACUGCUUCGUGGUGGCGGUCAUCGUGGCCAUCCGCUAUUUUCAAAACAAUAUAGCAGCCUCCAAUUCUUCAAAGCAAUGCUUCAAGUUCUAUCUGGACGAGAUCUAAGAAAUCCCUGGGUCAUUGGCAGCACUGCGGUGGACAUUCCUCGUUCUGAGUUACCUGUUUUUUUCGAUGUUGAAACUGGUGUCAACAUCCUUUUCAAAAUGAGUCCUUGGUCUUACGAAUCGCUCCGCCAUCACGCCCAGAUAUCGCUCACGAAUGUCAAUGGAAAAGUCCUCGAUACUUUCGAGUCAGUCUUCAUGUCACGGGUUGCGGAGCCUCUGCUGCAAUUCGAUGAAAUAUUCUCGAUGAGGUUCCCCAUGGGGAAAUUCAGCACUGCAUUAGAACAACAGCGGGAGGUGCAUAAACUCCACAGCAUAUUGGUACGUGGUCUUGGUGACAGGGUAUCACUAGUGGACUUCAAGCUACUCACUGAACAUUCUUGGGCUUUGAAACAAGAUCCAUCGACUGGCGAAGACGUCUUCGAAGUCCGUCUUCUGACAAACCCAGAAACUGUUGCUCGUCUUGUGGACCGCGGUCCUUCUGCCGAAGAACCGGAUGAAGCUGGAGAGUUCCAAAAGUUCUGGGGUGACAAGGCUGAGCGAAGGCGUUUCAGAGAUGGAAGUAUCACUGAGAGCUUGGUCUGGACUUCUGGGAGCCCGGUCACAUCGCAAAUAGUCAGACAUCUGGCUUUACAUCAUUUCGAACUGCUUCCUAGCUCAGUGUCGGUGAAGAGUGGCGAUCUAGAAGCCAGUGUUUUGAGCGACGAUGCAUCUGUGGGGCCGAAGGAUGCAUACAGACUCAUCAAUAACACUUACCAAUCUUUGGCAUCAGCUCUUCAUGGACUCGAAGGUCUGCCACUACCAAUCCGGUCGAUUUCUCCGACUAGUGCCGCCCUUCGUUCUUCCACAGCGAGCCAUCCUUUGCUCCCCUCAACCACGGAACCAAUCGAUAUCCUCGUUCAAUUUGACUCAUCCACAAGAUGGCCAGACUCGCUCCCAGCGAUCCAGCAUACAAAGAUUGCAUUCCUCCUCAAACUUGCAGAGCUCCUGUCCGCCUCCGACUCCAAAGUCAGCACUCGCGUUGGUCUGGAAAAUACCGAAUUGGCAACAAAUGGCCACUUCAAUACCUCAUUUCUCGACAUCAUCUACCCAUCUCCUGCCCCCGAUCUCUCCCCAAUCUGUUUCCGCACGCGCAUUUAUCAUGAUCGCGAGGAACAUCUCCUGCAGACAGCACUGUCUGACAAGUCCCUCCACGGCUCCGUCCGCGAUUCGCUCGCCACCGCACUAGCAGCAUACAAACGACAUUUCAUCGCUGCGCCGAUCCAUACAACCGCCAUCCGCAAUCUAUGCACACGCUUCCCAAGCCUCUCAAGCACGAUCCGCCUCCUGAAGAAAUGGAUCUCAUCACACCUCCUCCUGCACCACCUUCCUGAAGAAGUCCUCGAAAUCAUUGCAGCGCACAUAUUCCUCUGCCCGUCUCCAUGGUCAGCGCCCGGAUCACCAACGACCGCAUUCCUCCGCUGUCUCCAUCUACUGUCGCGUUGGGAUUUCUCCAUCACACCAUUGGUCGCCGAUCUGAGCUUGUCCCAGGCCAUGACGGGCGAGCAGGUCAAUGAAGCCAAGACGCGGUUCCAGGCGUGGCGGAAACUCGAUCCCAGUCUGAACACAAUGACCUGGUUUGUCGGCACGAACAUCGAUACCACCGGUACGGUCUGGACGCAAGGAUCGAGACCAGAGCGAGUAGUCGCCGGACGGAUUAGGGCGUUGGCCAGCGCGGCGGUCGAAAUGGUGAAAGAGCGCGGGUCUAAAAUGGAGCAGCAGGACUGGUCGGGGUUGUUUGUGAGCCCCCUUGACGACUUCGACUUCCGUAUCCAUCUCAAGCCGUCUGUGGUCAAGCACCACGGCGGCGAGGCCGGGUCUAGAUCACGCCGGGAGAGGAAUGGAGGCGAGUUCAAGAAUCUUCAGCUCGGUCGAUCACUGGACAUUGAUUCGAUCGGUUACGAUCCUGUGGUGCUGUUCAUUGAGGACUUGAAAGCUACGUUCCGCAAUACUGCACUAUUCUUCCAUGAUGGGCAUGGAGGAGAUGUCAUUGCUGGACUGUGGAGGCCAGCGGUGGUGGGAAAGAAGGAAUGGCGCGUCAGGCUGGGUUGGUCCAGUGUGCCAGUUGCUGCAGCGGCGGUGGAAGAAGAUGAUGGGACCGAUAAAGCGCAGUGUGUGUUCAACAAGGAUGCCGUCCUGGCUGAAGUGAGUGCCCUGGGCGAAGGACUUGUCAAGCAGAUCAGGACGAAGGCUUAG